AUGUGUAUACACCUAAUUAACUCAUUAGACAAUGAAAACGUAGUUAAUUCCAAUGAUCUUGACUCCUUCUUUAACUCGGUUUCCAGACCAAGUAGUGCUCCACGACAGAGAACCAACCCUCCGGUGGAUCCUUUCCAAGAUUCAUGGAACAGGGGAGGGUCUUACGAAUCUAGCAGAGCAUCUUCGCGUGUGCCUUCAGGAGCAUCAGAGAACCUGAGGAAGACCUCUUCGGCUACAAACAUUGUGGAUGAUCUCAGUUCAAUAUUUGGAGCUUCAGCAACCCAAUCCGGUGGGUUUCAAGAUAUUGAAGGAGAAACUGAAGAGAGACGGCGUGCCCGGCUGGAACGCCACCAGAGAACACAGGAGCGAGCUGCGAAAGCACUUGCUGAGAAAAAUGAUCGUGAUCUUCAAGUACAAAGAGAACAAGCUGAGAAAAAUAGGAUUGGUGAGACCCUGGAUGUUGAGAUAAAACGUUGGGGUGCGGGGAAGGAAGGAAACUUGCGUGCCCUGCUUUCCACGCUACAAUAUGUUCUUUGGCCAGAAUGCGGUUGGCAGCCUGUUUCACUGACCGAUUUAAUUACAGCUGCUUCUGUCAAGAAAUUUUACAGGAAAGCCACUCUCUGUAUACACCCUGACAAAGUACAGCAAAAAGGCGCUAAUCUCCAGCAGAAAUACAUUGCUGAGAAAGUGUUCGACAUGCUCAAGGAAGCAUGGAACAAGUUCAACUCCGAAGAACUCUUUUAAACUGGAUUAUGUUUUGAGUUAGUGUCAUUUUGUGUGUUGCCAAAAAGAUGAAGCAAGUUCAUUCACUAAACUGCCCAAAACGUGGUGCCCAAGUUGGAUUACCCAAAUAUUGCAUCACUGUAGCCAUUGCAGCAAUUGGGCAUUCUUAUUUUUUUGUUGUUAAUUUUUUUUUCCCUCUCACUUUCACUGUCCAGUCUUUGUAAGAGUACGAUGGAAAAUUUGUUGAUGUUGAUUUCCUGUAACUGAACUAUUUAUACAUAUAUAAAUGUUUCUUGAGGUGA